AUGGAGGACUGGACGAGGGCGGCGAUGGAGUUUUCAUCGCCGGUGCUGGAGGAUCUUGUGUCGGAUCUGUCCCGCGAGGAGCAGCUACUAUUGCAGAAGCAAUUCCGCGAUCGCGAGCGCAUCUCGAAGCGGAACAACAAGUCUCCUCCGUUGCCUAGUCCGAGGUGUUCGGAGCGCUCGCGCGACGCCUUCAUCUUCCCCCACGUCCACAACGCUCUCCGCCAUUACAACGCCAGGCAUCCAGGCGCCGAGUUCGACGCCGUCAAGCCCCUGAUGCAGUGCCGCGUCGGCUUCAGGGACCAGGUCUGGUUCCACCUCAACUUCUGGGCUCGCCGCCGAAGCAGCAGCAAGGUGAUCAUCAAGCGCUUCUUCGCCGAGGUGCACUACAAGCCGGCAGCAGCACUGGCAAUGGCAACCACCACCAACUACUACUACUACUCAUCAUCAUCAUCAUCAUCAUCAUCAGCAUCAGCAGCAGCAACAGUGCCUCCUCUAUCUCAAGUAGUAAUUCCCAUCGUGGAAGUAUGCACCAUCAUCGAAGAGCCGCUUUCGCAAUACCGGAGCAGCUGCGCGUUCUGCCCCGGCAGAUUCGACAUUUUGCACCCCAAGGGCUCCAAGAAAUUCAUAUGUGGAAACGACAAGGACCGGAUAGAGCAACGCCUGCUGCACUGCAACUCCGGAGCAUGCCUGGGGAUGCCAUUCACUGGCAGCUAGCGUGC